AGUCACGAUACCACAACCGACCAUGUUCGAGUCGCUGCUCACUGAAAAGUUCAGCAAUGGCUUUGACAUCGUGCUGGGCGUCGCACUACUCUUCUCGUCUAUCUUCACCAUCAUCUUGGUGACCCUGCCGUCCCAGUAUGAUCCGUACAUGGACAGGCCGCUCAAGGUGGUGGUUGAAGAGGGCAAUGAGAUCAAAGUAAAGAGAAAGGAUGGGAGCGAUACUUCGGAGUUCAAGCAGGGGAGAACGGUGCAGAUCGUUGUACUGGGAGACAUUGGACGUUCGCCCCGCAUGCAGUACCAUGCUCUGAGCAUAGCCAAACAUGGCGGCAGAGUGUUUCUGAUCGGAUACCAGGAGUCAGAAAUACAUCCUGAUAUCGUGUCCAACCCGCUGAUUGAGGUUGUACCACUGGUGCCAGCACCUGCAUUCCUUCUUUCGAGCAGCAAGCUACUAUUUCCUAUUCUGGCGCCCUUGAAAGUACUUUGGCAGGUCAGGAGCCUGUACCGCGCUCUGUGCUACCGCACGCAACCUGGAAGAUGGAUGCUCGUGCAGAAUCCUCCUUCGAUACCCACACUCGCUGUGGCGAGUCUCGUGUGCUUCAUUCGGAACACUCAGCUGGUGAUUGACUGGCACAAUUUUGGCUACUCGAUCCUCGCGCUGAAGCUCGGCAACAGCCACCCACUCGUCAAAAUCUCCGCUUUGUACGAGGGAGUCUUCGCAAAGGCUGCGAAACACCACUUCACGGUCACGCAUGCCAUGGCCCGUGUGCUUAAGGAGUCGUAUGGCGUAACAGCUCAAGCCCUUCAUGACCGUCCAGGCCCAAUGUUCCGACCUAUCAAUCCUCACGAACGAUCUAAGUUUCUUAACCGCUUCCCAGAAACAGCGCAAUACGCUCAGGAACUCACCGCAUCUUUUAAUAGGCCAUGGAAACUUAUUGUGAGCUCGACAUCCUGGACCGCAGACGAGGAUUUCUCUAUACUCCUCGAUGCACUUUGCACCUAUUCAGCCCAGGUCGCGGCUAGACCGGGCUUACCCAACAUUUUGGCCAUUAUAACCGGCAAGGGUCCACAGAAGGAACACUACCUUGGCAAGAUUCGGGCCCUGAACCAGGAGAAGAAGCUACUGAACGUCGUUAUACAGACAGCCUGGCUCACUUCUGAAGACUAUGCGACCCUGCUUGCCGCUGCUGACCUCGGCGUCUCACUGCACACAUCAUCCUCAGGCGUUGAUCUGCCGAUGAAGGUGGUCGACAUGUUUGGCGCAGGACUGCCAGUUAUCGGAUGGGGCAAGUUCGAGGCGUGGUCUGAGCUGGUCAAAGAAGAUGUCAACGGUAAGGGGUUUGAAAGCUCGCAGCAGCUGGCGGAGCAGCUACUCGGCUUGCUCGGUGGCAAGGCUGGGUUACUAGAGACACUGAAGAAUGGUGCGGUUGAGGAGAGCAAAAAUAGGUGGGACGACGAGUGGGAUCGCGUUGGUGGGAAGCUGCUUAGGUUGAUUGAGUGAUGGCCUGGCCAAUCCGAGGCUAUCGAUUUGGUGCUCAACACCAAAGGUACGAUUACUCAUAAGAACCAAGUUUGAGAAGAUAGCUACUAAACAAGUAUCGUAUUGGAAUAUUCAGAUCUUAGUUUUCUACCUUUCUCAUAUUCUUCCCUCGCACGAGACGCACUGCAGAUCUUCAGCCUACGUCUGCUACCA